AUGUCCAUUUGGCGCUCCUUUGGCUCCUCAAUACCCUUCCUCUCGAUGUCACCUCGCACGGCCUCCCCCCCUCCCCCUCCCCCCGACGGGUUCUGUACCGUUCGGAUCCUGUCGUACGGUCUGCAGGCACUUGUGGCCAAGUACGGCACAGACUGGGUGGCUGUAGCUGAGGGCUUUGGUGGCCGCUUUGACCGGCACCAGGUUCGUGACCGUUGGUACGGCGUCAUGACUGCAAGCGGGCCUCGCCGUGUCGGCAAAUGGUCCGCGGAUGAGGACGCUCAGCUCGUGAAGGCGGUGGACGAGCUGGGGCAGAAAUGGACGGCAGUUGCACGCCACGUGGCUGGCCGUACCGCCCGCCAGUGCCGGGAGCGCUACGUCAACCUGCUACAGCCAGGCCUCAAGUUUGGCCCCUUUUUGGGCGGGGCCCCAGCGCGAAGCGCCCAGGGGGGCCCCGACCUCACCGGACUUCAUAUGUUAAGCAACGGCUCCGUUUGCGGUCUGCCGUACUGUCCAUGCGGCAUGCACCCGGAUGUCGAUUGCUACCAGCCUGUACGGAUGCAGAGGGGCCCCGCCCUUUUUCCGGCUUCCUUGAAGCCGACACCCAACUUGUCGAAGGAGGAGCAGAAGGUGCUGGCGGAGGCGUGUAGAGAGCUGCAGGCGGCGUACGGCAGGAUCACUUGGGCUCGCGUGGCGGAGCGACUGCCGGGCCGUACGGACGACCAGUGCAGCCGAGCGUACGAAGGGCUGGUCAAACACGACAAGGGUUGGUCGGUCAUUCGUGUUGGCCGUCCUGCUCCUCAACGGCCGAGCCAGGACCUCCUUUCCCAAUCUCCGCCGCCUCCGUCUCCUCCUCUCCACGGUGGGGGCGGCACCGCAACGGCGGCGCGCAUGACCAUGAAUCCAGACUAUGGCACAAAGCAGUGGCAAAUUCCGGGGGCGGCGGCGUUCGCAGUGUACAUCCUCGCUUUUCCCGCACUGUAA